AUGUUCAUCAACACAACAUGCAACGUGACGCUGGAUGAUAUGCGAAUUGGGAGGUCGGAAGAAGUGUUGGUAGGAAACCUCACAUUCCAUGAAUUGGGUAUAGUUAUUUCCGCGGCGACGGCCCUGAUCGCCAUCCUUCUCUCACUGUAUCUCAUGUGGAUGCAUGCACUGCAUUAUACAAAGCCCUAUGAGCAACGACACAUCAUCCGCAUCCUUUUCAUGGUUCCGAUUUAUUCGGUGGCGUCCUUCCUUAGUUUUUGGCAAUAUUGGCAUGAGAUAUAUUAUAGUGUGAUAUCAGAGUGCUACGAAGCAUUCGCCAUCGCCUCUUUCUUUGCCCUUCUAUGUCAUUAUAUUGCUCCAGAUCUUCACAAUCAAAAGAUUUACUUUCGAACCGCAGUUCCGAAGCCAUGGGUUUGGCCGGUAACUUGGAUGUGGAAGUGUUGUGGUCGUGAUAAGGGUCCUUGGAGAACACCAAGAAGUGGUUUGACAUGGUUCAACAUUGUAUGGGCUGGUGUCUAUCAAUACUGUUUUAUUAGAGUGACCAUGACCAUUUUAGCUGUGGUCACUGAAUACUUUGGCAAAUAUUGUGAUUCUUCGGACUCUCCAGUAUUUGCUCAUAUUUGGAUUCUAGUCAUUGAAGGUGCCGCAGUAACAAUUGCGAUGUUUUGUUUGAUUCAAUUCUACAUUCAACUCCGUACUGAUCUUGCUCCACAUAAACCUUUCCUUAAAGUUGUUGCCAUUAAAGCAGUCAUCUUUCUAUCCUUCUGGCAAAGCUUUGCCAUUAGUAUUCUAAUGUCGUCUACCAUUGGUAUUGUUACGCCAACCAAAUAUUUAGCGUAUCCCGAUCUGAAGAUUGGUAUCCCCAACAUGUUACUCUGUAUCGAAAUGGCCAUCUUCUCGGUUUUGCAUUUGUUUGCAUUCCCUUGGAGGCCGUAUGCUUCAGAUGCGGCACCGGUUAAAUACCCAAGUUCACCCGAUGGUGGUUUAGAGCCGAUUGGUCCUAAGCAAGGUGGUCCUCUCGGAAUUAUGGCUUUCGCUGACGCUAUGAACCCAUGGGAUCUCGUCAAGGCAUUUGCUCGAAGUAUGCGUUGGUUGUUCGUAGGUGUCAAGCAUCGAGAGACCGAUCCUUCCUACAAGCCGGCCUCGUACAAUAAUGAUAACGACAUGUCUCUUCAAUCUACACACUCAGAACCAGAUACAUCAUACAAGGGACGGGAUGAUGGUUUGCCGAUUGCCAACGAGUAUAGACAGAAUACCUUCGGUAGUAACAAGGGAGCUAUGGAAGGUGAGGAAGGAGUUGGUCUUAUUGAUCACGCACAACCUAACCCGACAAACCUAAACCAUUCAGGCUAUAUUCCAGCAGCUCAACGUUAUAACUCGGAAGGAUUAGAUAUCACCGCGAAUGGUGCGCGAUACAACAACCCGGAUCGCCUGAUGACGAACAAUCCGAGUCCCGGCUCAAUACGGAGGCAGGAGAAUCCUAUUGGAAUUGCAGUAACAGGAGAACCAGAACCAUACUUGACUCAAGUAGCACAAACACCAUAUGUUACGCGACCGGUAUCACCAUACAGUGUACGACAAUUAUCAGAACCAGAAAGGUUUCUCGAGCAAAAACGAGCUCAGCGAGCGGCAGAAAAGGCUGCACGAGAUCGCGCUGAUCAAGAAGCACGUGAACGAAGUGCAGCGCCAUCAGAACAAUGGGCCAACUCAAGAAGACCUAUACACCCAAAUGAGCCACCGAGCCAUGUUCAUAACGCAUUAUGGGGAUCACAAACGCAAGCACCCCCGAACACGGAUAGAUAUUGA